CCCGCAAAGAAGGGCGAAUGAUCGCGCUCGAGAGAAGCGACAAAGGGCCGAAAUGUGCAGCGAAAGGAAUCGAGAGCUCGGAGCUGCUAGAGUAAAAGCGAAGGAGGUCUGAGAGGCUCACGGGGAUUGCUUGCACAGCUGCUCGGAGGAGGAGGCCCCAGAGACAUCCGCAGAGAAGUGGCGAAGCGACCAAGGCGAUAGCUCUGCAUUGUUUAGGUCCGGAGGGUGGUAGUGAGCAGGGCAGAGGAGAGCAAAGUGCACUCGAGCGCGUGGCGCACGUCGAUCUGUCUCGACAGGGUUGUGGUUCAUUAAUUCAUUUUGCGAGAGCAGCGAUGGCCGAAAUGAUGCAAGCUGUACAGUAUUCUAGCUAUGGCGGAGCGCAUGCGGCUCUUCAGCACAAGGAAAUCCCGAUCCCUGUACCGAAGAAGGGAGAGAUUUUGGUCAAGGUCGAAGCAGCCUCUGUGAAUCCCGUCGACUGGAAAAUGCAGGGUGGAGUGAUGCGUCCCAUGCUCCCAGCGAAAUUUCCUCACACACCAGGCACGGACAUCGCAGGGGAGGUCGUGAAAGUUGGAUCUGAAGUCAAGGACUUUGCACCUGGUGACAAGGUCGUAGCUUGGCUUGAAUUGAAGCAUGGAGGUGCAAUGGCGCAGUACGCCGUCGCCAACCCGAAAACGACUGUCGUGAGGCCUCCUGAAGUGUCGGCCGUUGAAGCUGCGUGCCUUCCUGUGGCAGCCCUAACCGCACUGCAAGCUUUGACAAGCGGUGGCAUGAAUUUUGACGGAAGCUACAGCGGAAACGUUCUUGUUACCGGGGCUUCUGGUGGUGUUGGAACCUACGCUGUCCAGCUUGGGAAAAUUGCUGGUGCCCAUGUGACCGCGACUUGUGGAGAGCGAAACAUCGAGCUGAUCAAGUUUUUAGGAGCUGAUGAAGUAUUGGACUACAAGACGCCUGAGGGCAAGAAGCUCAUUAGCCCGUCUGGAAAGAAGUAUGAUCUCGUGGUCAAUGCUGCCGCCAGCGCAGUCACUUUCUCCGACAUGCAGCCACAGUUAGCUCCCAAGGGUGUCGUUUUCGAACUGACUCCUAGCCCCAAAACCUUUUUGACUUCUGUUAUUAAGAGGGUGUCUAUGUCGAAGCAAAAGUACAACCAGCUCAUGCUAAAUGUGGAGGCACGCAACCUAGAAAUGCUGGUCGGUUUCGUUAAAGAAGGAAAAUUGCACGCCGUAAUAGAUUCUAAGUUCCCGUUGGCCAAAGUUGAGGAGGCAUGGAAGAAAAGCAAGGAGGGGCACGCCGUCGGUAAAAUCGUCAUCACUGUUACUGAGGAAUAGAUCCAAGUCACAUUAUUUACGAAUUCGUCAGUCCGCUUUGAUUUAAAAAAUUGAUAAAAUGUCUAUGUACAGAUUUUUAACUAGCCUAGAAUUUUGUCGAGGGUUUAGGUUAGGGUUUAGGCUUUGCGAACUUUCUUCGUCUUACGGGAGAUUCUGGUUCGGGUACCCUUUCGUUGGGAUUACAAGUAUCAAGACCACCUAUCAGUUGUUUAUGUCUAUGUGCUGCGUUGCUCAGUGGUGGAACUGACUCGAAAGUUUUGUACAGUCGUUGUCGUUGUAAUAAAUGAUGGACCAUGCCCUUUACAUGGAUUAGUUGCCAGAUUGCUGUUUUC